AUGUUGGGGACAGUAUGGCGCACCUAUGAGCGGCUGCUCCGCAAAGACAAGACUCAAGACUCCUUCCCCGCCAGACAACUCUUCGUGCUGGCGUUAUGUCGAAUCUGCGAGCCGAUCGCCUUCAUGUCCAUCUUCCCUUAUGCUUAUCGAAUGAUUGAGAGCUUCAACAUCGCCACAGAUCCCGAUCAUAUCUCGAUAUAUGCAGGUAUGCUCAUCACUUCCUUCGCCUUUGCAGAAUUCUCGACCGGCAUCGUAUGGGGUCGAAUCAGCGAUAAAGUGGGAAGAAAGCCAGUGCUCAUAUUCGGAUUGAUGGGCACGGCCCUGAGCAUGAUCAUUUUUGGUUUUGCAACCAACUUGCAGACUGCGAUAAUUGCAAGAGCUGUGGGCGGUUUGCUAAAUGGGAAUGUUGGAGUCUUGCAGACUACGGUAGCAGAACUUGUGACGGUCAAAGAACAUCAGCCACGAGCAUACUCGAUCAUGCCCUUUGUAUGGUGUCUUGGCUCGAUUAUUGGACCUGUCAUGGGCGGCGCCCUUGCUCAGCCUUGCACCGCAUACCCCUGGCUCUUCAAUCAAGGCUCGAUCUUUGAGACAUACCCUUUUCUGCUGCCCAAUCUGGUCUGUGUGGUCAUACUAAUCUUCGGCAUCACAAUCGGAAUAUUGUUCCUCGAGGAGACCCAUGCAGAUAAAAGGCAUAGAUCUGACUGGGGCAGAAGGCUUGGCAAUGUUCUUCUUCAAAAAGCACUCGGAACCACUUUCGGAUUUCCGGCAGAGGCAGAGGCAAAGAGUAGCAUUUGCUAUGAGGACCAUGCAUCCUCGAUCGAAGAUGACCAGCCACCGGGUUACAGAAGCACGGAAGGGUCACCUCGGAUUUUAUCGGUGUCGAGGAUUGACCUGUCUCCCCGCUCUGACGUUGAAAGUCGCCAGUCCAGCAGAGAAGCUCAAGGGUUCAUCAAUAUCCUGAAUAGACAAGUCAUUCUCGUGAUCGUAGCAUAUGGCGUCCUUGCUUACCACAGCGUGUCAUUCGAUAUUUUGAUGCCCUUGUUCCUGAGUGAGCCAGUUUCUCAUGAGAAGCCACAGCUACCCUUCAAAUUUUCUGGAGGCUUCGCCAUGUCCACCAAGACGAUUGGAUUCAUGAUGGCCGUUCAAGGCGUCUAUUCCAUGGUGGCACAACUUUUCCUCUUUCCCUUCCUUGUCCGGCGGCUGGGCACCUUGAGGACAUUUCGAUUUGUCUUGCUCGUCUGGCCGUUGCUCUACUUCAUCGUGCCUUAUCUAGUGCUGUUGCCGUGCCAACUUCAGAAGCUCGGUAUAUAUGCCUGUCUGAUUAUCAAGAUCACAUUUCACGUUAUUGCCUUUCCUUCCACGGCAAUUCUCAUCGCCAAUGCUGCACCCUCAAAAGCCGUUCUUGGAUCCAUCAAUGGUGUUGCUGCAUCUGUCGCCUGCUUGGCCAGAGCUCUUGGCCCAACCACGGCCGGUUUCUUUCAUACUGCUGGUCUGAAGAUGGGAUACAACGGGCUGGCAUGGUGGAUUGGAGGGAUUGUUUGUGCCAUCGGAGCCUUUGAAAGCUUCUGGAUGGAGGAAGUUGAAGGACGCACAGAUCGUCCUUGUGAGGAAGAAGAGCAGCCGGUCUGCGAGCCCCUGUUGCAUACCCUGAGUGUUGACAGCUCUGCGGACGAUUUGCCAAGGAGAGGAAGUCUUGAUUCCGUGGAGGAACUCGAUCUCUCCAAAGCAGUCAAAGCCUGA